AUGGCAAUGACAACUCCUACCUCCUCUCCGCUCUCCGCUCUCCGCCAGCUUGGGGAUCGCCGCGCCCGUGGCAUCGUCGCUUUCGACCCGUACACUACUAGCUCCGAGACGCUCCAGCAAUGGCACCGUCUGGGUGUGCGAGGAGUACGCAUCAAUUUGAAAUUCGUCGGCGCGACGAUGGACCGGUCAACCUUUGAACGUCUUCUGCGCCGUAGCGCCCACGCCGCUCGCCCUCUAUCCUGGGUCAUUCAGCUCCAUAUACCUAUGGUCCUAGUCGAUUGGCUUGUGGAGUUUGCAGCUGAUCUCGAUGUGAAGAUCUGUCUCGACCACUUUGGUUCUCCUGACCUGUCCCCUUCGUUGAUCGACACGACGGACCCCUACAGCAUAGCUGGAUUCAGGUCCCUGGUCGAUCUCCUGGCCCAGGGCAAGACAUACGUCAAGUUCUCCGCGCCUUAUCGAGUAUCGCACGAUACAGCCUUGGGCGACCUGGCCCCGUUAGCAUUAGAGCUUCUUCGAGUAGUUGGGACGACACGGCUGGUCUUCGCCACGGACUGGCCGCAUACUCGGUUCAACGGGUUGAGUAUAGCACCAUUUGUGCAGCAGUGUAUCGAAUGGUGUAAGCACGACCGGAUUCUGAUAGAUCGCCUUUUUCAAGGGAAUGCUGAGGAUCUCUGGGCUGUCAAUCGGACGACUUCCGGAACGUCAAACCUAUAA